GGAAUUUGGAAAUCGUGAUGUACAAGUGUAGUGAUGAUGUGGUUCAACUUACGAUUCUUCGAUGAUUAAUUCACUGUAAGUUUCAGCCAGCAAAUAAGAAGAUGGCAGAAGGGAGGCAACCACCAACAAGGACAUUUUCAUGGAGCUUGGAUAACAUGCCUGUCAACAUGCCCACUAUAAACGCUCAGGCUAGACUGCCAGGAAAUAUUGGGAAUGUUUUGAGGGAGCUGGUCCCUGGCCUAGAAGGGCGGCCAUCAUCAACUCCAAACCCAUAUCUGCAGGCACAAGCUCAAAGAGCAGCUGAUAUGUCAAAUGAAGCCCCAGCUACUUCUUUUGUAAUAAAUAUUGGACAAGACGGUCAGGUUCAAAGGGAUGGUAUUUUGAAUGUUGAACAGUCUGUGCAUUCUGCUGAACCACAGUUAAUAGGUGGUGGUCAGCAGGAAGGAGGACAUUCUCCUGAACCCAAUAAUACUGCUGCUGAAGACGGUGGUCAAGAGGGUCAGCAUGGCCAUACACAUGAUACUGACAACAGAAUGGACUGGAGACAGGGAAAGAAAUGGCUUGAAAGAAGUCUGAUUUUCAUUUUGUUGAUGCUGUUGAAAGUGACAUAUAAUCAUCGCCUAGGGUUGCUUGUUUUUGUUGGGUUGUUUGGGACAUAUUACCAUGCAAAUACAACUGUUAAAAAGCAUAUUGCACAACAAAGGGAUCACCAUAAUUCUGCCCGGUCACUGCUGUUGUUGAGUUGGAUAGUGAUUUUCUUAUGUGGAAAUAUUGCUCUUGUCUACUAUGUAUUUGAAGAUCAGAAGCUUUGGUUAGCUCUAAUCUUAAACUUACCUAAAGUUGGCCGAAUAGACUUCUGGACAUUACUAUGGGUUGUUGCCAUCACAGACUACAUUGUCAAAUUCGCUUCUAUCACUUUAAAGGCUCUUAUAGCCAUGCUGCCUAGAACCUUUAUACCUUAUAAAAGAAGGGGCAAAUAUUAUAUGUUCAUAGAAGAGGUGUCCCAGUGCUAUCGUUGUGUUACUCCUAUUGUGCCAUGGGUUUAUUUCCUCAAAGACACAGAACAUGGGGGAGAAUGGUUCUCCAUUUCCCUGCUCAUUGUAUAUUUUAUUGCAAAAGCCAACCUCGUGUGGCAGAAGUCAAAAGAUUUAUAUAAAGCCUGGAAAAAAGUCUGCACAGAUGUGAAUUAUGGAAUAUCCCCAAGUAGAGAGGAGAUGUCAGUGGCUGGAGGUGCAUGUCCCAUAUGUCAAGAUGACUACAGGGAUCCAGUUAUGCUGGCCUGCAAGCACAUUUUCUGUGAAGACUGUGUAUCAAUGUGGUUUGAUCGUGAAAGAACUUGUCCUAUGUGUCGUGCCAACAUCGUAGACAACCCUCUCUGGAGGGACGGAACCACUGUUGCUUCCAUAAUAUUUUGGUGAAGUCUCAUUUUAUCUCUUGAUGUGAAGUGAAGAGGUAUUUAUGAUUGCAAAUAUCACCAGACAGACUCCCGAGCAGUUUCUGUUAAGAUGGCAACUGUCUAAAAUGUGAUUUUCAGCAUUUAGUUCCACUUUUUUUUUACUUCAUUUUUCUAAAAUGUAUGUAUAAAUUUACUCUGCCAAAUAUUGGAUGUGCUGUGAUGGAACAGAAAAUAAAUGAGAUUUUGACAUGCAGUUGGUUUAAAAGGCAGUCAUUUAAAAGUCUUUCUAGUUAUUUCUGUUAACUUCUUGGCCUGAUAAUGCAUGUCUGUUGAGCUGUUUAAGAGUAAUAAAAAUCCACUGUAGAUUAGAAAGCAUGGAGAUGGUGCAAUAAAAGUUUCAUUAAAAUAUCUUAGUAAGUGGUGUUUUUAAGCAACUGAUAUGUUUUGCAUACUAUCUAACAGAAUAUGAAUACUGUGUUUGGUCCUAAAGUUUAAUAUGUUUAUUUAUUUAUUUAUUUAUUUAUUUAUUUAUUUAUUUAUUUAUUUAUUUCACAAAGUGGCUGAUACUAUAUCAUCACUUGAGGUAAUACUUGAGAAGAUGAAUACAGCUGUUACUUGGUAGAUAUAAUGUGCUUUAUUUAAAAGGGAGUACAGGUUGAAAUUACAUUUAACAGCAGGCAACUUGGUGUAUGUUGAAACAUGUAUUUGUUGGAUGUUUGUGUAGAACCAAAAACAAUGACAUAGGUUAUUAUAAUAUGAUUGACAUAUUAUACAUGUAGAUUGAAUUUAAUUUUACAUUCCAUUAAAGUUUUUUGCAUGUGUUAUUGCAUCCUAGACUUGAGAAAGCUUAUGCCAUUUAGAAAAUAUGUUUUUUAAUCAUAUUAAAGAAAUCUUAAAAGUAUGUCCGAUUUGUUAACCACUCGUCAUUCAUUACUUUAUUGACUAUUAUGGAAUUUUUAUUUCUUUUAAUCAAUUACAAUGUUACCAAUACAAUACAAUUCAGACAAAGGCAAAAUUGAGUUCAUCUUGAUCUCACAUGUUGAACUAGUUAGUACCUCUGAUUUUAAGCUUUCCAUGUUUCAUAGUGCAUUGACACAUAUUUAGUGAAUCCUAGGUUACCAGCUGACUCUUAGGGUGCAUUCACAAUGAAUCUAUCAUACUAGCUAGUGUGCACUAACUCCAUGGGAACUCUUGCUGAAUUCAAUCAGAUUAACAGGCUUUGAGUAGAAUACAGAAAAGUUGGUGAUUAUACAAGUGUGUUGAAACAAGAGGAGAUGUGUUAAUUCGAUGACAUUCAGUACUUGCUAGUAUGAGAGAUUCAUUGUGAAUGUACCCUUAGGCAAUGAAGGACGAAAUCUAUAAGAAAUAAAUAAAUCUAUUAAGUAUCAGUGUGGAUAUUGAAUGAUAAGAAGAAUUAUAUUAAUCAAAACAGAAAACAUCAUUUUAAGCAGAUAAUUAAAUGAAAUAUUUAUUAAGCUGCCAAAUAUGUGUGAUCUAAUUUGUUGGGUGAUUGAUGCAUUGCAUUAGGAGAGAUGCAGAAUUGAGCCAGAGAAUGUGUUGGAAAAUGCCAUGCUAUGUAUAACAUUCUGAUAUAUAAAAACAAUUAGUGGUCAAUUCUAUGCCAUGCUGGUAGUGUUAACGUGAUAAAUACUGAUCUCUAAUCAAGCUGUUUAUUGGCUGACUGAAUGUGAAAAAUGAAGGUGAAUAGCACCAUGAUGUAAUAUUAUAUUUGGCAGAUAGUUUGGCUCAAAACCUUACUACACUAGAAUUUGGCAUAUUGCUUUAACAAGUGACUUUCUGACCUUUUUCUUGACGUUGAUGUCUUAUGAAUUGUGACACUAGCUUUUGGUCACUUUCUGUAUAAUUACACUUGUUGCAUAAAAAGUAAUAAAAAACUGGUAGUUAGAACCACUUU